AUGCCCUUCGAACAUGGCCUGGAUCAGGGCCGCGCCCUUGGCAUUGGCUGCACCCUGAGCGCGCAGAUCCCACAGGUUGUCAUAGAUGCUAGAUAUGCCCAGACAGCCGGGGUACGGAGCAGGGUCAUCAAUCAAGAUCCUCCGCAUGCCUUCCUCGUCGAAAUUGUCGUUGGAAACAACGUAGAGCACGGGGGUUACCACGGUGAUGUCGAGGAGAUGAGUGCCUCCAGCAAUGGGAAGCUGUGA